AUGCCGCUUUUAAAUAUCUCGACACAGCAGAAGGUCCUGCCAAGAGCCGGCAACAAGGAGACUUUGAGCUUGGACGAGAAGCGCGUAGCCACUUGUUCGUUACUGUUUGCAGGCCAAAUGGUGGGAUUCAUGAUGGCAAGAUGCUUGGAAGUAACCUCCCUUCCAAACUGUAACUGGAAAUUGGUUGCUCUGCUGAAGCGCAGGAGAUACGACGAAACACCGACUCGCAUAUCACUGCGGGAGAAGAGGAGUGUCAGGGCGUCCGAGAAAGAGUUUGGCAAGCAAAAAGUCACAACAGAAUGUGCCAAAGUCUUCCAGACUGAGCUUGGUUUGGGGCUUGUUUUGGCCAACAAGUCGUCAGGGCAAAGUUUGUUGAUGCGGUUCACGAUGCCCACAAUCAUGAGCUGCGUCGACAGUGCUUCUGCGGAGAACGUGAAGCGCACACAGCUGGAGGCAGAGGCAUUAAUUGCAUCCUUGGACGAGAUCCAGAGCAAAGUUGGCCAUGUCUUUUCGCUGCCUUGUACAGAUCGGGCAUCCUCCAACAUAAAGGCUGAGAAUGACAUUGGGAGCCAAAGCGCAAGUGCUGUGAACUGCCACUUCCUGUGCCAGGUCCACAAAGCAUCCCAAGUUCAGUCAAAACAAUUUGACCAUUGCGAGAGACAUAUAUCCGGGCUUCUUCACUGCGCCCUGGCCAUGCGCGGGGCUGGGACCCGGGGUGAACUCCGGAAGAUGCUCUUCGAAAUCAUCGAAUCAAGGCUCAGCAUUCACUUGGGUGAGGCACCACCCCAAUAUGCAGAGCAUCGAAACUGUGUGUUGGACCUCUAUGUCAAUGGUAAGUACAACCAACAUGGGAAAUCUCCACAGAAGCGAUUGGCAUUGCAGAGAUGCAUCCUUUCAUACUUCUUCCCAGGAAACAUCCAGGAUGAGAAUGUCGUCGAAUUCUAUGUGAGGGAACCAACUUCGCGACAAGAGGUUCUUUCUUGGUACAAGCAAUGGGCCAUCCCUAUGCUGUUGCCGAGCGUUUGCCCGAUCUACCCUAGGUCCAGAUGGAUAGGUGGUGAGUGCAGCUUGAACUGGGCAGGCCUGCUCUGCUCCUUUCACAACUUGUUGAAACCCUUGAUGCUGAAGUUCGGAGCUCCUCGUGGAUUUCCCGCCCCAGCAGAAGCACCCAGGACUUCAGCAACCUUGCACACAUUUCAAAGUGGCUGGGAUUGUGUUGCAGUGCCUGCAGAGGUCCGGCCUGACGAGUCUCAUGAGUCUGAGCAUCAAACUGAUGCACCUGAUCUUGAAGCUGAAGGUUGGGCCAACUCAGUGGAUUACAACCCUUUUCUGGCUGCCGACAGUGAGCGGGACUUGCUGGACAGGGCAACCGGCAAUGUGGACUGGCAGCGCUUAAAUGCAUCAAUGAAGCUUCGGGCCGCACGGUGGGCCGAUCGUCCCGAUGUUGGUGCUGCCCUCAUCUGCAUGAGGAGCUGCAUGGAGCCGUGCCUCCACCUGAUGCACAGUUUGUUGGAGCUGGCAUCCUUGAAAUUCGACAGGAAACAGCAAAGUCUGGUGGCUCGAGGCAAAGUGCGUGACUACCGAGUUGUGGCAGUUGCAAACUUGACAGUGAGGGUCUUCCAAAUGAUCAAUGGCAAGUUCCGUGACACAGUUCGAGCUUUGCCCUUGCAGCACAUGACACGCAGGACCCGAGUUCUGCUUUUCAGGAUGCUCUCGAGGGCAGGUGGUGGGAUCAACAUGCUCAUGGGCCGCGACCAAGGAUAUCCCUUCAGGCUUUUUCAUUUGCUCCUGUCAGGGCAGGUGGAGAAGAUCUUUCAAGAUCCUGUUUGCUUGUAUGAUGAGCUUACCACCAAACUGCUCAUGAAGUUUCCAGAUUCUAAAGCUUUGACAUCGCUGGAGGGAUCAUCUGUCGUGGAAGCUCUUGCAGAGAUGAUUUCUGUGGACAUCGCUGGAGUAGAAGCUCGACAUGCUGCUGCUCGCAGAAUCAACAGCAUUCGUUCAUGCCAAGCUCACACGAUGAGUUUCGAAUCCUUAUCCUCCUUGACAAUCACACGAAGUCUGGUUAAACACCGCCUCGAUUGGUUGGAAGCCAGGGGCCUUUUGCCUCCCAAGGAGAAAAGGAGAAGGCGGCGAGAGGCGAAGGAGAAAAAGUUCCAUUGUGGUGGUGGGGCAUGGAGAGCUUUUCUUCACCUGAAGAAGGGUGGCUUUGCCAAGAGCAAGGCCCUGAGUCCACUGUACCAGCAGAUCAAAUCUCAGGGUCUGCAAGAGUGGCAAGACUUGAAAGAGAUUGGGAAGAUGGGCACUGUGUCAAGCAGAGCCGGGCAUGCCUCAUUUGGCAAGAGGAAGUUUGCUGGCAAGAAGCAAUUGCAAGCCAUUGCUGCUCCCAAAGCCUUGGAGCAACAGCUAUGUCGGGUGGCGCAGGCUUGCAGCCAGGAAGCUUUGCGAGACAAGGAGGAUUGGCAGCAGACAGUGGCUAGUGUUGCAAAGCAUGCAAGUGAAGAAUGCGGCCGUCUUGUUUCGCUAGGCCAUGCUGCAAAUGAUGGGGGGACGCCUGUGACCAAUCCAGCAGCGCUGCUGGCCAAAUCCAUGGCGCCCUCGAUGCUGCCUUUGUCUUUGUCUGGAUCCAUGCUUUCCAGAGGGCUCCCAGCUGCAGAGGUUCCAGACACUGAGGUGGAUGGGUUGGAUGGCUCAAACUCCGGGUCCAAGCCAUCUAUGCUUUCUGUGGAGUGCCUACCUCCAGUGGCAGAACUUGUCAAGGACGGGAUGGAAUUCUUCAGCACUUUGCCCAACAGAAGUGGCUUGCUCAAAGAGCUCGUGGAGGUCACCCAGUCUCAAUCUGCAAUGCGUCUGCACUGCGAUGCCCCAUCUCUGUCUGGGGUGCACAGGGGGCUGGACUUUCAUGAGCAGGAAUGUUGCAAAGUUGCAGAGUGUGUUUGUGGCAAGCACGUGACUGCCCAAAGGAUUCAUGCCAAUCUGGUGUCACUUUUCCGCCCUUUCCUGCGGGUCAAGCCUGCAGCAAAAGCCAAGCCAGACGCCGACAGUGCUCGGCAAGGAUCAAAGCCUGCAGUGCAGAAGGGGAAGAAGCCUGUCCCGCGGCUUUUCAUGGAGCAAGGGCUUCUGGUGUUCAAGUUCACAAAGCUGCCGCCAGAGGGACAGAUGCCGAGUUUUGACACAAGUGCAGGUUGGGACACAGUCUGCCAAGAACCUCUUGCGGAUGCUGAUCAGGACUCCGGACAAGGCGUGGAGCAAUCCCACGUGGACGAAAGCAUCUGGGUGCAUGUUUCAUAUGCCAAUUUUCGGGACUGGCACUUCAGCUUCCUCCUGUUGGAUGAACAGCCUGAGUCCCAGGUAACAACAGAUGGUCGGCAACUGACUGUGCUGCGAGUUCCGGAGCCCUCAAUUUUCUUGCGGGACACUGUGGCAUUCAAACAGAGAUUUGAUCUCAAGUUUGCUUGGAAGGCUGCGAUGUAUAUCAUCUUUGUUGACGACAGCGAGCUGGCUCCAUUAGACAUGGCGCCUGAGGUUGUUGAAGUGCUUCGGCUGGCCUCUGUUCCGGAGCUGCUUGUGUGGAAGGCUACUGUUGGUUGCAGCGAAGUGUGUUUUCACAUGUGGUGA